UCUCGAGCGGUUAUAGCUUCAGUUCAGCUCGGCGCUUUGACCGCGCAGCGUCGCGUGUAGCGAAGCGGAUCGUCGAGCUCGCUUUGCCUUUUGACAGGAGAAAACGCUCUCUCCCGACAGUUUCCCGAUAUUUGGCCACGAAUAAUAAUUUAAACGCCAAUUAAAAACCAAAGUUGUUCCAUAAAACAAUCGGACGAGUGGAAAACUGGUUCUCGCUAUUUCGUGGUCUCUUUUGCGUUGCUCGAGGAAAACACGAGGACCGAGUGGGAGAUUCGGAGCUCGAAGGAUGGCAUAGGCGGCACACAAUUGAACGGCAGCAUGUGCUAUGUGAUAGUCACUGGUCGUAGUUUGCUGUGGACGUUGCUGUCCCUGGUGGCGUUAAUGGCCGUUUUAUCGGGCCUCAUCACUCCAAAAUGGCUGAUUGGACCGCAGAUGAAAGACACGAAGAAUGGAUCAGAGUCCUACGUACCGACAGUUGGAAUUUUCAAUCGUUGCAUCAGGCUGCACGGGAAGAAGACUCAUUGCGCGAAUUUUAACCUGGACGGCUUCGCCACGGAUUCCAGCGUGUUUCCAGGCUGUUGGAAAGCCUCGUACUUCUUCCUGUCUUUUGGCUUGGCGAUUAUGGCGAUGACGGUGUUGGCAGCUUUGGUUGGCUGCUGCAUGCAGAGCAUCGGCAGAAAAAGCAUCUUCAAUUUGGCCGGUGUUGCGCAAGUCAUCGCUGGGAUAUUUUAUCUGUUGGGAAUGAUUUUGUAUCCAGCCGGUUGGGGCGCAGAAAGGGUCCAGAGGAUCUGUGGACCGGAAGCCGAUGCUUUCUACCUAGCUGAAUGCUCCUUAGGUUGGGCUUUUUAUAGUGCCGUGAUAGGGGUCGGGUUGACGUUUAUUUGCGCAGUAAUCAGUGGCCAGGCGGAAAAAUCCACAGCCAGCGACAAAGUUCAAGACAAGAUGAACGAGGGGAAAACUUUGAUUUGUCUCGCGUGAAACGAGAAAAACUGGGGAAAUUGUAUAUCAUCAUCGAGAUCGAUGCCUUUUUUGGAAUAUCCGCAUCACGAUUUUCUGUGCCAGAAAAGUGAAAAUGCCAAAUAAUAUUCCUUCCUCUCCGAUCCGUUGGACGAAAGAACGAAAGGAAAAAAAAAAAAAAAAAAAAAAAAAGAGGAAAUUUAUCGCGGAACCAAAUUGAGGUUUAUCGAGGAUCAAGGUCGGUGAUUCUUCUUCACGGAGUUAUUAAAUUUUUGCUCGGACGAAGAGUAUUACUUAUCCCAGAAAUGAAUCUGUGCCAAUUAAAUUCUUCCCCAGAUUUUCUAUCGAAAUAUAGCAUCGUAGUUGUUUCGCGAUAACUACGAUUGUACUUUUUUUUUUUUUUUUUUACUACAAUUUUUAUACAAAUAAAUGUACACGAUACAUUCGACACGUAUUCGUAAGUGAUAAGAGGAAAUUAUGUAUUAUACAAGGGAGAAAUAAAUGAAGGAUACACUGUUGAAAAAA